AUGUCCGCCUUCACUUCUCUCCGUCCCUCCCUGGGCCUCGCCCGCACCGCCACCCAGGCCUCGCGCGGCUUCAGCUCCUCCGCUUCGCGCUCCGUUGCCCGCAUGAUCAUCACCGGCCGUCUGGCCGCUGAACCCGAGUUGCAGGCCACUUCUUCCGGACAGGACGUCAUCAAGUACGCUAUCGGCACUUCUUUCGGUUCUAAGGAGAACCGCCAGACUAGCUGGUUCCGGGUUGCUAGCUUCUUGCCCGAAGGUUCGCAGCGGGAUUUCAUUCUGGGGUUGCCCAAGGGUACCCUCGUUUACCUUGAGGGUGAUGCCAGCAUGCGCAGCUACGAGGAUGCCGAUGGCAAGAGGCACUCCGCCCUGAACAUUGUCCAGCGCUCCCUCGAGGUCCUCAGCCGUCCCACGAACCACUCCGAGGAGCACUAG